AUGAGUGGUGAUCCAUCUGUGAAGGAAGGUAAAAAGCCAGCUCAUGACCAAGCAUCCCCAGGAAUUGAAGGUCAUACUCCCCUCCUCGAGCACGAGACUGCCCUCUCUGCGCUUGCGACCCUCCCUUUUAAGACAGUGGUCUCGGUCUUCCGUCAUCAAUGGCACAAGGACAGGGCCAGGAUUGUCUUCGCCCACGCCGAGCAGUUCAUGCAUGAAUAUGAUCUCCCCGUCAUGAAACAUCGUGAGAAGUUCGUCAGGCUGUACCUAUCUGCCAUCAUCGCAUCUACUCGCCUACCCAAGAAGGAACCCAUCACCCAGUCAGAUGCCCAGCGUAUUCGGAAGUCUAUGGAGGACGAGCUACGCAUCAGCCUACCCAAAGAUCUAGGGAAAAUCCACUUCGACAAGGUUCCUGCAUGCAUGGACACCGCCAUCGACCCAGGAGAGUUCAAAGAUUUGGCAUACCAGUUCGGCGCCGAACGGCAUCCCAUGAUCCUCGCCGUCCCAAUGUCCUUGCAUCUGUGGAGUGUACAUCAAGACUAUCCGGACCUCCUCCCCAAGAUUCCGGCUCCAUGGGAUUGGACAAUGCCCGCCGAUGUCAUCGAGGCUAACCAUUGGAAAUUCAAAGAAGACUUAUUCUGA